CGUUGCCAGAUAAAUCCCGUAAACAAAUACCCAAAUAACAUAUACCAGACAAACAAAACGAAAUAAACGAUAACCAAAAUAAUAAAAGAGGAUAACCGUCAUACCAUCGGAAGCGAAAUCGGUGCCAAAAACGAGCGAAAAACGUCGAAAACAGCGAAGAUAAACAAACGUCCCAGUCAAGGUGUCCUGCCGAGGCGAUCUGGCCACAGUGUUUGGAGAGGAGAGGACGGACGGAGAGGAAAAAAAACAUUUCUUUUUGAAUGAAAUUUUUAUGACGAAAAAAUAGGCCUAAAAAAUGUCCGCCUUCGACGACAACCCCUUCGCCGACCCCUUUGCGCGGCUGGGUGAUGGUGGGCAAAGCCUUCCAGAACAGUUACAUUGGCCUCGGCAUUUUUCUGAGCCUCAUUGCCCUCUCGGCCUCUGCGCUGGCGGCUGCGAUGGGCGUACUCAUUCUGUGGGUCCACCGCAUCUACCGCAGCACGGGGGCCAGCUUCGCCAAGGCCCAGGCCGAGUUCUCACAGGGGGUGAUGGGGAACGAGCACGUGCAGAACGUCGCCUCGAACGCCGCCUCGCACGCCGUCCGGAACCACCUCUUCACGGGGGGCGUCGGGGGCGGGGCCGGAGGGGAGUUGGGGGGGCUGGGACCGGGGGGCCGGAGGGGGGACUGGCCCGAGGUUCUAAGGCCAACGCAGUGGCUGACGGUAGCCGACGCAGUGGCUGACGGUAGCAUCUUUUAG